GUUACAGCCUUGCAAACAAGCUCGAAACGUCAAAGCAUUCGGUCAUAUCCAGCACCAAAACAUCUUCGAAUGAGUCAUUUUCGGUAAAAUAACGCGAAGUAUACAAAUUGACUUGCUGCAAAGAUGGGAUUGUUCGGAAAAUCACAGCAAAAGGACCCCAAGGAGAUGGUCAACGAAUGGAGUCACAAAAUUCGGAAGGAAGGCUACCAAUUGGAUCGACAAAUUCGCGGCAUUCAGCGGGAGGAGGAGAAGGUGAAGAGAUCGCUUAAACAGGCAGCGACGAAGAAUGACCGGGACACCUGUCUUAUCCUAGCCAAGGAAAUCGUGCGGGCGCGCAAGGCUAUCAAUCGGAUCUACACGAGCAAGGCACACUUGAAUUCGGUGCAGCUGCAGAUGAAAAAUCAGUUGGCAACAUUGCGUGUAGCUGGGUCCCUCCAAAAAUCCACAGAAGUAAUGCAGGCCAUGCAAUCACUUGUUCGCUAUCCUGAAUUAGCGAAUAUAAUGCGUGAAAUGUCAAAAGAAAUGAUGAAAGCGGGAAUCAUCGAAGAAAUGCUAGAUGAGACAAUGGAUUCAAUUGAAGACAACGAAGAAAUGGAAGAGGAGGUUCAAAAAGAAGUCGACAAAGUCCUUUGGGAAAUUACGGAAGGCAAAUUGGGUGAAGCACCUCUUCCACCGACCGGUGCAGAAUCAGUUGCGGUCAAACCUGAAAAAGAAGCUGUUGCCGAAGAAGUGUCUGAAGAGGAUGAGGAAGACUUGAAAGAAAUGCAAACACGAUUGCAAACUUUGAGGUCGUAAUUUUUAGUAGAAGAAGUAAUUUUUAAUGUUUGUUCGAAUACAGCGAGUGAUCUGAAGCGUUUUGAGAAAUUUUUAGAAAUUCCAUUCAAUAAUUUCGAAAAAUUGUAUAUUGUAUUGUAAUUAUACACUAAGUUUAAAUUUUUAAUUAAAAAAUAGAAUCGUCAAUUUGAGGAUUAUUUUGAUUAUGACAGACCUAAGAUUGUUUGCUUUUAAAAUUGUAUUUUAAUUAUAUAAACAUUAAAGUUGUAAUAGUCCGGUCGAGAUUUCCUAGUUGCCUCCCUCUAAGCCAGUAUGAAAUUCGCGUCAGAAACUCGCCCUGUUGCCCUGGUUAUAACAAAAAUCCAAUCACAGGAACUUUAUGCUGUGAUUUCAUUUGUUAUAGUGAAAGCUCUCGCAAGAUCAUCACUUUUGCUCUUUUCAAGUCCAAGUACACCUUCUGAAGAUGCUUUGAUCAAAUACAACACCGUCGGGAAGAGCAGGAUUGAUGGUCUGCCACUUCUUUUUUACAAAAUUGAUAAUAUUAUGUAUAUAGGAAUAUUAA